AUCAUUUGGGGCUACUCUGUCAUCCCUCUGUCUCUAAGCAUCACCACAAAAGCUUUAUCUUCUCUCCUAGUUGCAAUGGUGUUUUGGGGUGUUGAAGUGAAACAAGGGCAGUCCCUAAAAAUUAACGCUGAAGAAGUGAUCCAUAUUUCCCAGGCAUUUUUGGGUGAGGUAAGGGAUGACAAUGGAGGCAUGGAGCCAAGAAUGUUUUACUCCAUAUGAAGGUGGGAAAGGAGAAUUUUGUCACAGGAACUCUCUCAGCUAGAAAACGAUCACAAAUAAUGUGUGACUUGUAUCUUGACAAAGAGUUUGAACUCUCUCAUGACUUGAAAAGUGGAAGUGUCUACUUUUUUGGAUAUUCUAAACUACAAUUUGAAGAAGAAAUUGAUUCUAAUGAUACCUUUGAGUCUGAACUCUGAAGAAGAUUUACCUAUAAAUGCCCUGGAAAAUGAUAAACCUGAAGCUAAGGCUGCUAAUGGGUUGAAGGAGGAGAAAAGGAAAGUUGCCACACAACAAGUGCUUUCUAAGAAACCAGCAUUGAAACCAUCAAAACCAGCUGUAGAAGACCAUAAAUGUAUCAAUGUUUCACUGUUGCGGCAACAGGUGCUAUUGUUUAGUGUACUCUAUAUAAGAGGUACAUGCAUUAUUCUGUCCGUUAACACAUGCGUAGUGCUAUCUAUAUCUAUGAUAAAUAAUUGUUCUUCAAGAAUAUUUUUCAGUUGUACUUAAUUGGCAGCAAAUUUGUGUGUGGUGACUAUAAACUUAAUCGGUAUAUUUUCUCAAC